AUGUGCGCGCACGUCGGCCCCAGGUUUACCUACAAGUUGUCGAAGCAGCUCGACACUCAUUUACGCUACCGGUUCAGCCCUGUGGAUCACAACGAGGUCGUCUACAUCGAGAACCGCGUCGAGGACCACGUCGAGAAUCUCGUCAACGAGAGGAAUAGAAUCCACAACUUUCGAGACGUCUACGAUUGCGCCCACAUCAUCCGAACACCCCACUAG